AUUCCAUUUCUCACUAGCGCUCACACUAGUCGCAAAAUUCCAAAACCCACAAACCGCCAUCUCGCAGAUCGUCUCUCUCUCUCUCUCUCAUUGAGCCAGUUUGUAAUAAUUUCUGUAAAAUCCCCAAAACCCAGGCCCAAAACCCCCAUAUUUACUGUUUUCAUUCACCCUCUCUGUGAUUUCACCUGGCCACUGAUUUAUUAAUGUUGGGUUUGGGGUUUAUUUUUGGAAUGAAAUUAAAAGAACAGGGGGAACACCAAGUUUGAAAUCUUCGACUCCGUGCCUGCGUAGUAAGUGGAAGAGAAAGAAGUGGGGGGUGGCGCGUGCGAGUUGCUGUUAUGGCGAAGCGCGUUUAUGAAGUGUGGAAAGGAAGUAAUAAGUUCAUCCUUGGUGGGAGGUUGAUAUUUGGACCUGAUGCUCGGUCACUGAUUGUCACAUUAUUGCUGAUCAUUGUUCCAGUUGUAAUCUUUUGUGUAUUUGUUGCGAGGCACCUUCGCCAUGAAUUUUCACCGUACAAUGCUGGAUAUGCGAUUUUGGUGGUGGCAAUCGUCUUCACUAUCUAUGUGUUGAUUCUUCUUUUUCUCACAUCAGCUCGAGAUCCUGGUGUUAUCCCCCGUAAUUCACAUCCACCAGAGGAAGAGUUCCGCUAUGAUUCUUCAACGUCAGUUGAGAUUGGGGGAAGACAAACACCUAGUGUUCAGUUCCCUCGGACAAAGGAAGUUAUGGUUAAUGGCAUUCCUGUUCGAGUGAAGUAUUGUGAUACGUGCAUGCUUUAUCGUCCUCCCCGAUGCUCCCAUUGUUCUAUUUGUAACAACUGUGUGGAACGAUUUGAUCAUCAUUGCCCUUGGGUGGGACAAUGCAUUGGUUUGCGCAACUACCGUUACUUCUUCAUGUUUGUUUCUUCAGCAACUCUUCUUUGCAUCUAUGUGUUUGCCAUGUCAGCUGUGUACAUCAAAAUUUUAAUGGAUGAUUACCAAAGCACAGUCUGGAGGGCAAUGAAAGAAUCACCAGCAUCUGUCAUACUAAUGGCCUAUUGUUUUAUCUCCCUCUGGUUUGUUGCUGGACUCACUGGCUUCCAUUUGUACCUCAUAGGCACAAACCAGACUACCUAUGAAAAUUUCCGGUACAGAGCUGAAAACAGGAUCAAUGUGUACAACCUGGGUUGUUUUCAUAAUUUUUUUGAAGUAUUUUGCACUGAGGUUAAGCCCUCAAAGAACAACUUUCGUGCAUUUGUUCAAGAGGAGGUACCAAGGCCCCCUUUGCCCAGUACUCGGGAAGCAGAACCAGAAGAGACAGGUGGGGAUCCACGUCCGAAGGUUGAAGAUGAUCUAGAGAUUGGUGAAGAUCUAUUGAAAAUUUCUCAACGUCGUAAUAUUGAAGAAAUUGAUGAGGACAUACGCAGCAGGGGAAGCAAUGGGCCUCCCCAUAAUACCUCGGAGGUGGAUUCAGUUCAUAGUUCAGAUCAUCGAGCUCCCACAAUUCGGUCAGACACUAGACAUUCCAGUUGGGGAAGGAGAAGUGGGAGCUGGGAAAUUGCACCAGAGGUCCUUGCCAACUCUAAUGUCACUGAAAGCAGAAGCUACGCCACACCUAAGGAAUCACGCCAAUGAUGAUAGGUAGUUUGUUUAUCUGCUGAUAUUAGCAUGGCAUCUACAUGGGUGAUUGUGAAUUGUUUGGAUGCUCUCUUCCUAAUUUUGAAGUUGCUUUUGAUUGGAAACUUACAAUUAUCUGAUGGGAGCCAAAAUCUGUUCCCAGUGUAGGCAUGAGGGCUUAUGUUAUCCAGUGAUGGAGUGCAGUCAAUAGGAAUGUGUUUGUAAUUGUUUGAGAAGAUAAAGAGGAUACUGUUUUCUUUUCUUUUCUUUUCUUUUCUUUUUUUGAUCCUCUAAAUUCUUAAACAUCUAUUGCCUUGGAUUGAAUAUGUAGUGCUGGCUUUAUUCUUUUUGUAAAUAAUUACUUUCAAGACUUGAAACAGCUCGCUCCAUUUCUGU